CGCGGCCUCCGCGUCUUCCUUCCGGGUCGCGCCGGGCCGCCCUCGCCGCCGCCGCCGCGGUGCCACAGUGCCAACGCCGGGAGCCGCCCCGCACCCAGGCCUUCCCGCACCGCCGGGCGCGCCUCUCCCGGACCCUGCAGGAUUCAACCUGCGAAACUUUCCUUCAAUGGGCACUCUUGACCAGUUUCUAAGAAAUGAUAAACAUUUAAGGUAAAAAAAUGUCGAAUUUCAGCAUUUGUAUCUGAAAGCAUCAUACAAAUUUCAGGCCACAUGGAUGAGUGCCAACUUCUGCAUUUUCCUUGCGUAUCCUGUGACCAUUGUAACUGGGAACAUCCUUCAGAGUUCAUGCAUCUUACUGAGGACACCUGACCUUUUGAAGCUUCAUAAUUCACAUCUAGAUGUCACCAGUCUUUCCCAUGUUAACAGUUCUGACUAUGUUUUAUUAUAUGUGCCUUCGGCGCCGAGCCAGGACAGCUGCAAGAGGAGAAAUGAUGAACAGCCAUAGAACUGUAGUAUCAAACAGCCGGGCUUCACCUCUCAAUGCAGAGGUGGUCCAAUAUGCCAAAGAAGUAGUGGAUUUCAGUUCUCAUUAUGGAAGUGAGAAUAGCAUGUCCUAUACCAUGUGGAAUUUGGCAGGUGUACCAAAUGUAUUCCCAAGUUCUGGUGACUUUACUCAGACUGCUGUGUUUCGAACUUAUGGAACAUGGUGGGAUCAGUGUCCUAGUGCUUCCUUGCCAUUCAAGAGGACACCACCUAAUUUUCAGAGCCACGACUAUGUGGAACUUGCUUUUGAACAACAAGUAUAUCCUAUAGCUGUUCAUAUUCUGGAAACCUAUCAUCCUGGAGCAGUCAUCAGAAUUCUGGCAUGUUCUGCAAAUCCUUAUUCCCCAAAUCCGUCUGCUGAAGUAAGAUGGGAGAUUCUUUGGUCAGAGAAGCCUACGAAGGUGAAUGCUUCCCAGGCUCGCCAAUUUAAACCUUGUAUUAAGCAGAUAAAUUUUCCCACAAAUCUUAUACGACUGGAAGUAAAUAGUUCUCUCCUGGAUUAUUACACUGAAUUAGAUGCGGUUGUGCUACAUGGUACAAAAGACAAGCCAGUGCUUUCUCUCAAGACUUCACUUAUUGACAUGAAUGAUCUAGAAGACGAUGAUUAUGAAGAAAAGGAUAGUUGUGGAAUAGACAAUCUUAACAAAAAGUUUAGCAGUGCUGCCCUCAGGGAAGGUCCAAAUAAUGGAUAUUUUGAUAAGCUGCCAUAUGAGCUCAUUCAGCUGAUUGUGAAUCAUCUUACACUACCAGACCUGUGUAGAUUAGCACAGACUUGCAAACUACUGAACCAGCAUUGCUGCGAUCCUCUGCAAUACAUCCACCUCAACCUGCAGCCAUACUGGGCGAAACUAAAUGAUACUUCGUUAGAGUUUCUACAGGCUCGAUGCACUCUUGUCCAAUGGCUUAAUUUAUCUUGGACUGGAAAUAGGGGCUUCAUCUCUGUUUCAGGGUUUAGCAGAUUUCUGAAGGUUUGUGGAUCUGAAUUAGUACGCCUUGAAUUAUCUUGCAGUCAUUUCCUUAAUGAAACAUGCUUGGAGGUUAUUUCUGAGAUGUGUCCAAAUCUGCAAGAGUUAAAUCUCUCAUCCUGUGAUAAAUUACCACCUCAAGCUUUCAACCACAUUGCCAAAUUAUGCAGUCUUAAACGACUUGUUCUGUAUCGAACAAAAAUAGAGCAAACAGCACUGCUCAGCAUAUUGAACUUCUGUUCAGAGCUUCAGCACCUCAGUUUGGGCAGCUGUGUAAUGAUUGAAGAUUAUGAUGUGAUAGCAAGCAUGAUAGGAGCCAAGUGUAAAAAACUCAAGACGCUGGAUCUGUGGAGAUGUAAAAAUAUUACUGAGAAUGGAAUAGCAGAACUGGCUUCUGGGUGUCCACUUCUGGAAGAACUUGAUCUUGGCUGGUGUCCUACUCUACAGAGCAGCACCGGGUGCUUCGCGAAAUUGGCACGCCAGCUCCCAAACUUGCAGAAACUCUUCCUUACUGCUAACAGGUCUGUGUGUGAUACAGACAUACAAGAACUGGCAUCUAAUUGUACGCGACUACGGCAACUGGACAUACUAGGAACAAGAAUGGUAAGUCCGGCAUCCUUAAGAAAGCUCCUGGAAUCCUGUAAAGAUCUUUCCUUGCUUGACGUGUCCUUCUGCUCACAGAUUGAUAACAGAGCUGUGCUGGAACUGAAUGCAAGCUUUCCAAAAGUAUUUAUAAAAAAGAGCUUUACUCAGUGACCUCGUAUAUGUUCUGUAAUUUUAAAAAUGUUUUUUUUUGUAGAGUUUUAUUUUGGGUUUGGUUUCUUUCUUUAAUUUUUAUAGUGAUGACAAUUGAGAAAUUUGCAGAUUUUAAAGGAAAAAUAUGAAAUUCCCCAUUGAAUUAAGUAAAAUGUAAAGAAAUGUUCUCCUAAAAUAUUGGAACUGUUUUUCAGAAAUAAAUGAGUUGCUGAUAUUUUUGCCUUAUGUUAACCUGUGGUAUUAUGCUUUAAUCAGUAAUUAUGUGUUAUAAGAGUAAUACAGGAGCACUUUAACUUAUUUUUAAAUGAACAUUGAACAAUUUAAUAUCAUGAUAUUUAUGGAAAAAUAAAGUUGAUUUUUCACACUUCAAUGUAAGGGUACCUUAUUCAGCCUUAUGAUCUGACAAAUGUUUUUUGGUAUAACAAUUGUCACAGCUAAUUGGGAAAAUUAAUAGUUUUUCCACUUCUAAUAGAUUUAUCUAGUUUACUGCUAUAUCAGGCUAUUAUAAGAACAUAAGCAUAAUCAAGUAUGAAAAGUAAAGCCACUAAUUGAAUUAAUUUCAUAUUAACUUAAUGCCUUAAAAGUUUGCCAAAGGAAAAGGUUUAAGGAUUCUGCAUUAUAUGUGGAUUUUGUUUACAUGUAGAAAAUCAUAUAUAGAGAUUUCAUUUGUAUGUAUAUAUGUAUGUGUAUGUGUUUUUGCAUGUGCCUCAAUACUUUAAAUAGUUAAAAUGUAGCCAUAGUUAAUGGAUGAUAGGAGAGGAGAGAAAAAAUUUUAAAAACAUUGCUUUGUUAAGGCAUGAAUUGAUUUAAUUCUGCUAUUAUGAGUAUAGACUGUAGUAGCCAGGGAUGGUAGUCCAUACCUGUAAUUCCAGGACACGAGAGGCUGAGGCAGGAGGAUUGCUGUGAGUUCACAGCUAGUGUGGGCUACAUGGUAAGUUCAUCACUAACUGGGACUACAGAGCAAGACGUCGUCUCAAAAAAGAAACAAAACAAAAAGAAUAUAGACAGGCCAAGUAUGGUGGUGCACAUCUAUAAUCCUAGCUACACAGGAGGCUGAAUAGGAGGAUCACUAGUUUGUGGUUAUCCAAGGGUAGCCUAGCAAGACCUUGUCUCAAAAAAUAAAUGAAUAAAAAUCAAAUAAAAAAAACUGAGUAUAUAUAGUUCAGUGGUAGAGCACUUGCCUGGUCUGUUCAUGGCCCAAACUUCAGUCUCCAGCACCACAAAACAAAACAAGAGGGUAAAGUAUGUGUGGCAUGAAAGAGCAGGGCUGUUUUGAAUAGAAACUAAUAUUAACUGUACAGUAUUCCAGAAUGUAUUUUUCUAUUAUGAUAAAAUAUAUUCCAAUCUUCACAUGCAAUAUGGUGACUCUGCAGAACUGUGCUAACUGGCUAUUUAACUUCAGCUCAAUUUAAUUUAGAAUAUAGUUGCCCAGUUUAUACCAAGCCACAUUUCAGUUUUUCAGUAGUCAUAUGAGGCUAGCUAAUAGUUUGUUAGACACAUGAAUGUAGAAUAUUUCCAUUAUUGCAGGGAGUUUGCUUGGGUAGCAGUGCUUUCAGAUUUCUUUUGUUAUUAUUUAAGAAAAAGCACCUUAGCAGUUAAUGUGUAUCAGCAGUUUUUGAAGGUACGUAUACAAAUCCACUUUUUCCCUAAAAAAAUUUUUUUUUGUCUUUUUCUAUCGGUACUGGGGAUCAAACUCACGACUGCCUGCUUGCAAGGCAGGUGCUUAUGCUGCUGAGCUAAAUCCCCAGCCCCUCCCUAAAAAUUCUUAAGCUAGCAAAUUUAUACAUAUGGCAAAUAUUAAACUCAAGUACCUAUUUAUUGAGUGACUAAGAAUAUAAUAUUUAUAUACAUUAUUAAGUUGGCAUGUAUUUUUAAAGUGUUACAAAGUAUUGCUAAUAAUGAUGUAUUUAUACUAUAGAAUAUGAAGAAUGUUAUAUGAAUUUUGAAAUAGGAAAGGAUUAAUCUUCUGCAUAUAAAAAGACAUCUAUGUGUUAAGUCUACUUUUAUCUUACACUAGCAGCUCCCAAUUAGGUGAAUAAUUACUUAGCUCCAGGCACUGUUCCCUGUUGUACAUUUACUGACUUAUCUAAUCCUCCUGCUAACCCUGUAAAAUACAUCCAUUAAGCUGCAGAUGAGGAAACUAGAGCAAAAGAAGAUUGAGGCAUUUGCUUCUGAGCAAAGAGCUGGCUAGAGAUGGACCCAGCAGAGGUCAGAAAUUCUUUUCUGUAAAAGGAGUGUUUAUGAGCGAAGAGACAAAGCUGAGAUUAUUUUGUAGCUACUUAAAUAAAACAAAGUUUCACAAAUUUUGGUUGAUAAAUUCAAGAUAUAAUUGAGAACUUUUGGACUAUGGCUAUAGUAAUGGGAAGAAUUAAAUGCUUUGGAAGAUAACAUUUCACUUAAUUGGGAUUCAGUGUUGGUGUUUCCUAUCAUCUAAGUUGACCUUAAGGGCUUAAGAUGUAGCUUGGAGCAUUAUAAAUUCCAUAUAGAGAUCUCUUCCUUGGUUAGGCUAAUUCAUAAGUAUUUAAAUUUUAAAGCUGUUAUGAAUGGAAUUAAGAUCAUAAUUUCUUUGUUGGUGGAUUCAUUGUUGGUCUUUAUAUUUGACUUUGAAUUCUGCUACUUUUUUAAAUUUAUUAAUUCUGUGAGUAUUUUGUUGAGUUUUUGGAUCUUCUGUGUAAAGGAUUAUGUCAUCUAGGAAUAGGACUUAUUCAUUUCUUACAUGUAUUUUUUAAAAAUUUCUUACUGCUGUCGCUGAAGUAUAGUAUGCAUAUGCUUGCAAAUCUGGUUGUACCCAGAGUUGUGGAAAAAAUUAAGUUUGUGAACUGAGGUACCACUGUACUAUAUUGAGCAGCAGUGGUAAUGGUGGACAUACUUUUUUUAUUCCUGAUUUUAGAGAAAAAACUUUCAGCUUUUUCCCCAUUCGGUAUAAUGUUGGCAAUCUUUUUGACUUAAGUGCAUUUUAUCAGGUUGAGAUUAAGGUCAUUGGUCAGGGUUUUUGAUGUUUGCCAACAUCUUGUUGAGGAUGUUUGUACUUGUGUUCCUUAAGAAGAUUGGCCCAUAUUUUUCUGUUUUUGUUAAAUCUUUGUGCAAUUUUGCUGUCAGGGUAAUGCUGGCUUCCAGGAAUGAGUUUGAUGGUACUCCUUCUCUUUCAGUUUCAAUGAAGAGUUUGAGGAAUAUUGAUGUUAGAUCUUCCUGGAAGUUCUCAUAGAAUUCUCUGUAAAUCCACUGAGCCUUGAGCUUGUCUUUGUCGGUAGCAUUUUUAUACUGCCUGUAUUUCAUUUCCUUUUAUUGGUCUAUUUAAGUUUUUGUUUCUUCUUGGCUCAGUUUUGUUAAUGCAUCUGUAUUCUAGGAAGCUCUCCAUUUCCUCUAGGUUUCCCAAGGGUUGGGGCAUCUUCAAAGUAGUUUUCUUACAGUUCUCUGGAUUUCGGCAGUAUCAGUUGUGAUUUUUGCCUUCCUCAUUUCUAAUUGAAUUUUUUCCCAGUUUUUCAGUAAGUCUGGCUGAGGGUCUAUCAAUCUUGUUUAUUCUUUUAGAGAACCAAUUAUUUGAUUCAUUGAUCCUUUGUGUUGAUUUUAGUCUCAAUUUCUAUUGACACUGUGAAUUCAGUAACAAAAAAUGGAGUGAGACACAUCUGAGAGUAUUUGUAAUGACUAAUAAAAUAAAUAAUCACAGGUUUUAAACAUUUUACAUUUUCACAGGCUUUGCUUUUUUAUAAACCUGUACUCAGAUUUUUACUACCAACAUUUGUAACAUGUCUUAGAGUCUAUUGCAGGUUCUGCAGAAUUUGUAUUUUCUUCUUAGAAAACAUUCUUACAUAUAAUUGUGCUACACAGACUAUUUAUAGAGAUUAACUAUUACUUCUACUCUGGCACUGACCCAUCACAUAAACAAUAGCCAGGCAGUAUCAGUAGUGUCUGUUGACUCAUCAGAAGCCAAGAAAAACCAUGUGGAGUCAUUUGCCUUGUUUUCCUGUUGACUGUUGAUGUUGCUAUCUGUGUUCUUCAUUCCGCAAGCAACUGUUCUUGCCAAAAGGCCAAUUUAAUAGUCUUAGCUAGUUUGCUCUGUACACAUUUCUUCAGCUGAUGCAGUUAAAUACAAGUUAAUUAACUUACUUUGGUAAAAGGCUUUCCUUGUGUGGCACACCAGUUACUUACUUUGAUUGUAGCUUUAUUUUCAUUUUUUUCCAACUAAAUCUUCUAUGAUGAGUUAUUUUAAAUUUUCUAAUUUUUAUAAAUACUGCAUUCCUGUGAAUUGAGAAUAUUGUGAUAUAAUAUGUUUAGUCUGGUAGUUCUAACAUAGAAAGUGUUCAUUUGGGAUAACCAUUGUGUCAUUGUAUGUUCAGCACCAUACUUCAUUGCCGAAUUUCUUAAUAAAAUCAUCCUUACUGUAUUAUAUCCCAAAACCAUGCCAUUUGAAGUUCACAUUUCUCCUUUAUUCUUCUCUUAGCAUUAUGGAUAAACAGUGGUAUAAAAACUUUUUUAGGGGCUGGGGAUUUAGCUCAGCGGCAUAAGCGCCUACCUUGCAAGCAGGCAGUUGUGAGUUCGAUCCUUGGUACCAAUAAAAAGGAAAGAGACAAAAAAAAAAAAAAAAAAAAAAAAGAAAACAGUUUUUUAAAGUGUGGUUUUACACUAUGUUUGUUACUCAAAAUGUUGGUAGCAGUAACUGCAUCAUUGCAGUUUGGAGUGUGCCAAGCAGCAGUGCAGAAUGAAGAGAGUGCCCAGUAAGUCUGCCACCUGUUCAAGUCCGCCAUUGAGGUGUGAAAGCAGUCACAGAUAACACGAAUGAAUGUGGCCCUCUUCCAAUAAAAUUUUCCUACAGACACUGAAAGUUGAUUUUACAUAGUUUUGUGGGUUAUGAAAUGGCAUUAUCCUUUUAAAGUACUUCUUUCCUCCAGCCAUUAGAAAAUUGCAGUAAUGGAACAGGGUGGAUUUGGCUCAGGGAUUGUAUUUGCAACUUAAUCCCUGUCCUAGGGUAUUCUCAAGUUAGGAAAUUGUGGUUUGUCCAUUUUUGAUUCUAUAAGCUGCACUCAGUUGUUCUUAAAGUUAUCUUUUUCAUUUUACUACUUAUAUUUUAAAAUAAAGAGCAACAUUUUAUUGUCUUAGAUUCAGUAAGAAUUUAUGGAGAAUCACAGUUCAUUAGAAUUUGAAUCCAAAUGAUUUGGUUAGCUUUUACAACUACUUGAAAUUUUGUAUUAUUAUAUAUUAGAAUUUUGCUAAGAUAAAUUUUCCUAUUCUGUCAGAGGCUAGUAACAAAGACAUGUCCCUGACCCUGCUUGAGAGAAUAAAUGAUCUCCCAUGUGAGUUGUUCUGAAGUAUCUUAAAAACAUACGCUUUAGACAGUUGAUAUCUUUCCUUUUCUGCGGAGAACCUAGAUGUGAACCAAUACAUUGAUAGUAAAAGCUGAUUGCAAAAGUACUUUUAUUGGCCUGGGAUUUAGCUCAGUGGCAUAAUCACCUGCCUUGCAAGCGCGUGGUUGUGACUUUGAUCCCUGGUACAAAAUAAAAAAUAAUUUUAAAAAAGGUUUUAUUUUUUCAUAAACUACAGCCAAAAAUUCAUAUUUGCAUGUGUAAUAAUUCUAAGCAAGAAAAGUCAGUGAAAGUUACAUUUGGCUACCAUGAAUAUUAAUAAUGAGUAUUUGGCUCUUCAUUUUUUCUUGAAGUUAUUAGGAGAUGCCUAUUACUAAUCUAUUUUUAUUUUAAAAGCUAUUUAUCACACUUUUAUUAUUAAUUGCAUUUACUUUUCUUCUCUUUUAGCACAUUUAAUAUUGGUACCUCAGAGGAACUUUUUAACCACCCUGAAAAUUUGGGCAGUGAUCCAUAUCUGUCAGUUGUCACCUCAUUUGCAUAUUGACAACACACUGCUACAAUUCUAGAUUAUAAAUAAAACCAUAGCUAUUAGAAUAAUUUAGGGUUUUUUUUGGCAAUAGUUAGUGUUCUGUUAGGAGUCAUUUACUUUAUUCAUAGUUUAUGAUUUAUUAUAUACUUUUUGUAAAUGUAGUCAAAGCCAAGAUUUUUCCUUGGCACAGCCGAAAAUAUGUUUGUGAUAUUUGUCUAUAAGUGUGAACUUUGGGCUUAAACUUUUAUAUAUAUAAAUACUAUUAGUAGUUGGUGCAGUGGUACACAUGUAUAAAACCAGCUAGUAUGGAGGCUGUGGAUCUCAAAUUCAAGUCUGGUUUGGUCAAACUUAGUGAGACUCUACUCCAAAAGUGUAAGGGAUGGGAAAUACAGCCUCAGUAGUAGGGCACCCCCGGUUCAAGCCCUGGUACUGCAAGACAAAACAAAACAGAAUGAAACACAAAUUGUUUAAGUGGUUUGACUGUAUUUUGAAAGGAUAAGGAUAGUUUUCUCAAAAUUGAUAUUUUCAGUGUUAUUUAAAUCUGUUUUAUAAAGUAAUGUAAAAUAGUGAAAUGGCUAAACAUUUAAAGAAAAAUAUAAAAUCAUUGCAAUCAUAUGGUCUGAUAAAUCAAGUAAAAUACACCAAAGACAAAACGUGUAGAGACAACUGACUGAAAUGUUUUAAAUUUUAUUUGAAUAAAAAUGUUUAGUGGGUAAUGACUUAUUUAUAUUAUUCUGUGCUUUAGAAUAAAAAUUAUUUUGUUAGCAUAAGUCACUUCUAAUACUUGUCAUUUUAGGAUGCUGCUAAAUAUAAUGGAAAGUUUAGGUCAGUAGAUGUAUAUAAAAGCCCAUAUAAAUUAAAUGAGAAUCAUCUGAUAUGUACAGAACAUUUAACAAUCUACCCACACACUGAAAUUACAUUAGCAUAUGUGCAUUUUAAACUCUGAAAUUACAUGACUCUACAAUUAAAUGAACAUUACAAUAAGUUAACACUGUCACUUCUUUAUGCCUUCUUCGUUAUUUUGCCAAACUAAAAUGUAUUUACUUAAAAGCUGUUUUGUUACUUAAACCAAAACUUGAUACAGUGUUUUCCUCUUUUACUGACAAAGGAAGUAUUUGAUUUUUGUAAAAACCAAUCGUCUCAUUACUGAUCAGCUCUUAAAUUGUUCUACAGUUCUUAGUCAUCCCCAAACUAUUGGUGAGCUAGGAGGGAGUGAAUGCCACAUGGAAAGGCAUUGAUCCUCCCAUUUAGUUUGUAAGUUGACAGCUUUGUGCCAAGCAUGGGGAGCUUGGGUAUAGAGAAUGCAUAUAAAUCAUAGAGCAAUUUUCAAAAUUGUGUGUGCCUAGAAAAAAUUCUGUAAUAAAAUAAACUUCAAAUAAAAUAGGUUAAGCAAAAUUAGGUAUCUUUUGUGUGCUGAACUAUGGGCCCUAUUUGCAAUGGACACUAUAAUGUUCAGGUAAUUAGGAUUUAUAUCUUCUGUGUAAUACUUGUCAAUAUAUUUUGGAAACUUGUUUUUCACAGUUUGGGAAAUGCCAGUAAAGCACUAUAUGGAAUAUUAUGAAAAUAUAUUUACCAGGUUAACGUAUAACAAACGUGAAAAAAACGUGAAAAGAUUAUGCAUUGUAGUUUAAUAAUUCUUUUUUUUUUUUUUUUUUUUUUUUUAGUACUAGGGCUAAAACUCACUACCUUGUUUUUGCCAAGCAGGCAUAUAUGCCCCUGAGCUAAUCCCCAGUCCAAUAAUUGUUUUCUAUUUGUUACUUAGGAAAAAGUGGACUAAUUGUUCCUGGAAUGAAUGUAUAGCUAGUAGAACAUUUGCCUAGCAUGUACAAGACCAUACAUACCCUACAUACACAGAAUACAUCUGAGCAUGAUUGUGUUUUAUUUUGAGUUAUUAGCUAAGAUCAAUUUUAUUCAUGCAUUUGAUUUUUAGGAUAUGUAUUUGCUUUUGCUAUGCUAAAAUGAUAUGAAAAAGAAUUAUGGUCUCAUAAUUGGGAAAUUAAAAGUAACUGCUGUAUCAUGUGAUGAUUGUUAGUAUUUGUAAAUUUUACCAUUAUGUCAAAUAUUUACAUGCUGUGCUAUUCCAUAAACCACUUUAUUAAUUGUAUAGUAGUAGAAAAAAGUAGAAAUUUUAUGUUAAACUGAUCAGUGACUUCUAAAAAUGUUUAAUAUGUAAUAUGCUUUGUAAAAGUGCCGGGGAUUUAGUUCAGCGGCAUAAGCACCUUGGCUGGCAAGCGCAAAAUCAUGAGUUCAAUCCUCGGUACCAAAAAAAAAAGUAUACUUCUAAUAUCUGUUUUGCCAAAAGCUAUGAAUGAAGGAAAUGGGUAAUUUACUAUAAAAAUCAUUUUUCUAAAAUACUUUAUGUGAAUUUUAUAUGUGUAGUUUAAUAUACUUCUAUAUAUGUACCUAACUUCCAUUUAAGUAUGUGUUUAUUUUGCUAAAUAUUUCUUAUGUGGGAAGUUACAUUUCUGUAAUGCUUACUGUAUUUUAAAAAUUGCUGCUAAGAUUAUGAUGAAGACUAAGAAUUGUUAAUAGUCACAUAAAUUCUAGCACAUCAUUCUUACUUGAGAUGUUUUAGUUUACUGAUACCCCAAAUAAAGAAUUGAUAUUGUUUAA